AUUCUGGCAUUGAAGGACUGUAGAGGCAAACGGCAAACAGACGAGUCUCUAUUUUUCCAAUGCAGUUUUUUCCAGCAAGUUUCGUUAUUUGAGUGUUGCUUUCCAACGAUGCUGUCUACUAUGAUAUAAUGCGGUUAGAGAAAAAAAAACAUAAAACUAUUUUAAGAAGAAAACUGAUUAUGGGACAAACGUAGCCAUUAAUUAGAAGUGGGGACCGUGAAGAAUGAAUGGAGACCGCGCAAGAGGCCGACCCUGUGUUUUAAUUGGCUCUUGACAGAGUCAUGGCUUUAAAGCUGAAGCGCAUUUUAUAGGUAACUCCUCUCAGAUACUAAGCCUCAGAGAAGUGACAUUUCGCUUCAUCUGAUGAUCACUUGCAAACCCAGUCACGCGUAUUAUUUCAUAUCUGUUUCUAGUGUUCCUGCUACCGGUUUUUGUGGAAAUGGAAAGUAUGGAUGCAUUGAUCAUUCAAGCGAUCUUGGAUGAGUUCGAUCCUAACUGUAGCCUCAUUGAGGUGUUGUCAGAGAAUUUUUUAUGGAGCUCACCCUUACCUCUUCUGGAUUUUGACGGUCCUUAUUGUAACGCUACGACUGAUCAGUUAGGAACAUGUUGGCCAAGGAGUUCAUCUGGACAACUUGUAGAGAGACCGUGUCCGGAAUUCUUUAACGGGGUUAAGUACAACACCACGAGACAUAUAUACAGAGAGUGCCUGGAGAAUGGGACUUGGGCAUCUCGAGUCAAUUACUCUCAGUGUGAGCCUAUCUUGGAAGAAAAGAAGAAGUACCCGGUACAUUACAACAUUGCCCUUAUCAUUAAUUAUCUUGGACACUGUGUAUCAGUGGGAGCUCUUGUUGUUGCCUUUGUGCUAUUCCUGUGCUUAAGAAGUAUCAGAUGUCUACGCAAUAUUAUCCACUGGAACCUUAUCACCACCUUCAUCCUGAGGAAUAUAAUGUGGUUUCUGCUGCAAAUGAUUGAUCACAAUAUACAUGAAAGUAAUGAGCCCUGGUGUCGACUCAUUACAACAAUUUAUAAUUACUUUGUUGUAACAAACUUUUUUUGGAUGUUUGUGGAAGGCUGUUACCUACAUACUGCUAUAGUGAUGACAUAUUCCACAGACAAAUUGAGAAAAUGGGUCUUUCUUUUCAUUGGAUGGUGUGUACCAUUUCCAAUAAUUGUGGCUUGGGCAAUUGGAAAGCUAUACAAUGAAAAUGAAAUGUGCUGGUUUGGAAAAGAACCAGGGAAAUACAUUGACUACAUAUAUCAAGGUCCGGUAAUAAUUGUGCUCCUGAUCAAUUUUGUGUUCUUGUUCAAUAUUGUAAGAAUUUUAAUGACAAAAUUAAGAGCCUCUACCACAUCAGAAACCAUACAGUACAGGAAAGCAGUCAAGGCAACUCUCGUUCUUCUGCCUCUCCUGGGUAUUACCUACAUGCUGUUUUUUGUCAAUCCAGGUGAAGAUGACAUCUCCCAAAUAGUCUUCAUCUAUUUUAAUUCCUUUUUGCAGUCAUUUCAGGGCUUCUUUGUAUCUGUGUUUUACUGCUUUCUAAAUGGAGAGGUUCGCUCUGCAGCAAGAAAACGAUGGCAUCGCUGGCAAGAUAACCAUUCCUUAAGGGUGCGUGUGGCUAGAGCUAUGUCAAUACCAACUUCUCCAACAAGAAUCAGCUUUCACAGUAUAAAACAGACAACGGCUGUGUAAAUCUGGUGAUAUCUGCUGCCUUUCUGAACUCUUUUUGCACUGUGCUCCCUCGUUAAGGUGACCUGCAUUUGUAAACAACUGUGUAUGUUUUAUAAAGAGACUGUCACCACUAAAGAGAUAAGGCUGGAGCAUUUGUACAAAGUAUAUCUGUUUCUAUACAGCAUUAGCUGUUAAAAACAAACAAAGCAUUGAUGCAGGAAUAUUAAAUGGGAUUUUGUCAGCAAAUCUUCAACUCCAUUCUUUAUUAAGACUGGGUAUAUACUGGCACACACAACAUUGUUACUACUUGUUUAAAAAAUAUAGAUCUUAAAAGUAAGCACUCCAGGAGAAUUCAAAUACUGUACAAUAUAAAGCCCCUUUGCAAAAGUGCAUUGUACAAUAAAACAUGUUUAAAUGUUUUUUCUGAACACUUUUAAUGUAUGAAUUAUUAAAAGAGUAAUAAUGUA